AUGAAAGCUAUUGCCGGCCGAGCUCUUCUGGAGGGCGCCUCGGAACCAACCGAGGUGACCAUUCUGUACGACACCAAGAUCCACAAAAUCCACAAGGGACUCAUCAACAAUGGAGAUUUGGAUGUCGACGAUUUCAUGUCCGUUCCCCCUGAGCAAGUGAUUCUUCCUGGCCUGGUCGACGCGCAUGUGCAUCUCAAUGAGCCUGGACGAACCGAAUGGGAGGGAUUCGCCACUGGCACCAAGGCCGCGGCUGCUGGAGGAGUCACCACCGUCAUUGAUAUGCCUCUUAACGCCAUUCCUCCCACUACCACCGUGGCCAACUUUGACACAAAGCUAGCAGCUGCGCGUGGCCAGUGCUGGGUCGAUGUGGGAUUCUGGGGAGGUGCCAUCCCAGGUAACUCCGAGGAUCUCGUUCCUCUCAUCGAAAAGGGAGUUCGAGGCUUCAAGUGCUUCCUCAUUGAGUCUGGGGUGGAUGAGUUCCCCUGCCUGGAGGUUCCGGAUGUCAAGAAGGCCCUCAAAGCCAUUGAGGGACACCCCACCAUAUUCAUGUUCCACGCCGAGAUGGCUAAUGGAGAGUCUACAGACCUUCCUCCCAAUGCAGACCCCAAGUCUUACAUGUCCUUCUUGCACUCUCGACCGGACAAGCUGGAAUUGACCGCCAUCAACUCAAUCAUUGAGGCCUCCAAAUCCUCGCCAGACGUGAAGCUUCACAUUGUUCAUCUGGCUACUGCCGAGGCUGUUCCCAUCAUCAAAAAGGCCAAGGAGGAGGGUGUUCCUCUGUCUGUGGAAACCUGUUUCCACUACCUCCAUUUCGCUGCCGAGUCCAUCCCCGAGAAGUCCACCCAGCACAAGUGCUGCCCCCCUAUUCGGACGGAAGACAACAGAUCCCUGCUGUGGAAGGCCCUAGAAGACGGUGUGGUGACCUCGGUCGUCUCAGACCACUCUCCCUGCACCCCCAAUCUCAAGGACUUGCAGACCGGGGACUUUUUCAAGGCUUGGGGUGGAAUUGCCUCCGUCGGACUGGGCCUACCCAUUCUGUGGACCACUGCUCGAAAGGACGGCCGAAAUGUGACUGUUGCAGACAUUUCCAAGUGGUGCAGUUACAACACUGCCGAGCAGGUGGGUCUGCUCAAGUCCAAGGGUUCCAUCAAGGAGGGUAAGGAUGCUGACUUCUGCAUCUUUGAUCCCGAGGCCAAGGUCAAGAUCACCACCGACAAGCUGCAUUUCAAGAACAAGAUCUCACCCUACAAGGAUGGCACUUUGGUGGGAGAGGUGCGACGAACCAUUGUUCGGGGCCAGGUCGUUUAUGACACCGAGGAGGGCAUGUCUCUCAAGCCUCUUGGCUCUCUGCUUCUUGAGCCUCGAACUGAGUGA